GACACCCAGUUGUAUAUUCCAGAAUUCACACUAGAAAUUUGAUCGUAUAGUCGGAGGCGAAGAAGUUGCCGAUCCGUAACAGGAGUCUGUUCUUGAACCUCGGAUCUGCAACAAGAAACAUGGGGUUCUUCUCCUUCCUUGGACGGGUCCUCUUUGCCUCCAUCUUCAUCCUCUCCGCUUGGCAAAUGUUUAAUGAGUUUAGCAACAAUGGUGGGUCAGCGGCUGCGGAAUUGUCUCCAAAGGUAGCUGUUUUGAGGAGAAAUUUAUCAUCCAAGCUGGGGGUAGCGAUACCUGACAUUGAUGUCACACACUUGGUUGCCAUUUCUUUAUCUCUUAAAGGAAUUGGAGGCCUUCUGUUUGUUUUUGGAAGCAGCGUUGGAGCUUAUCUCCUGCUUCUGCAAUUGGCUAUAAUCACUCCGGUUCUUUAUGAUUUCUUCAACUUUAGCCCCCAGAAUCCUUUUUUCGGUAUCCUGCUCAGCGAUUUCUUGCAGCACAUUGCACUUUUUGGUGCUCUGCUGUUCUUCUUGGAGAUGAAGAACACAGUUCCAAAGAGGCAACCGAAAAAGAAGGCGCCGAAAACAAAAACGUAUUAGAUUUGUGAACGAAGCAACAGGUUGGCGAUCGGAUUAAUUUGGUCUGGCACUCAGUUCUUAGGUUUUUACACAUUUUCACCAUUUGAUGCAAACAAGUUAUUUACUUCUCUUGUAGUUGGCUGUUCUCUAUUUCUCUGAUUUACUUUACUUCAUUAUUGUCUUCUGAUGAGUUAUUAUUUAAGUUGAGCUGCGGCAUAAUAGGUCUCUGUACUUGUCCUCUGGAUAAAAGAAUUACACUAAUUUUUUUUAACUAAGGAGCUAGCUUGAUGUGCUUAUUUAGCUCA